AUCGCAGGUGAGGACAGACAUAAAAUGCCAUUAGAUUUGUGUGAAAUAUGCGCUGAAGUCCUGAUGGGAUGUUAUCACAUAUUAUUUCCGCAUAUUAUAAUUUUUUAAAAGUCAUACCUUGACUAAAAAAAAAAAAACUCAAGAUGGAUUUUAUUAACAUGUCCAACGUGGAGGACGGGAUACAGGCAGAAAAUAUCUCUUCUAAUUCCACUUCUCAGAGCCAGUACACCCAGCUCGCUAUCUGGGGUCUGGCUGGACUGGUCAGCUUUCUGAUUUUGUUUACAAUAGUCGGGAACGUCUUGGUUGUUAUCGCCGUUUUAACGAGCAGAGCUUUGAAACCACCCCAGAACCUCUUUCUCGUCUCCCUGGCCAGUGCGGACAUACUGGUGGCCACCCUAGUCAUGCCCUUUUCCCUGGCUAAUGAACUCAUGGGCUACUGGUUUUUUGGCAAAAUUUGGUGUGACAUCUACCUGGCCCUGGACGUUUUAUUCUGCACCUCUUCUAUUGUUCACCUGUGCGCUAUUAGUCUGGACAGGUACUGGUCGGUGACACAGGCUGUAGAGUAUAACUUAAAGAGAACACCUAAAAGAGUUAAAGGGAUGAUUGUGGUUGUGUGGUUGAUCUCAGCCGUCAUCUCCUUCCCACCUCUUAUAUCAAUGGACAGGAGCAGCAAUGAGGCCAGUCCCCAGUGUAUCCUGAAUGAUGAGACCUGGUAUAUCCUGUACUCCAGCAUUGGAUCAUUCUUUGCCCCCUGUGUCAUCAUGAUCCUGGUAUAUAUUCGGAUCUACCAGGUGGCAAAGACCAGGACCAGAACAAUGUCAGAGAAGAAGAGGGAUGUGGACUCCCCACUGGAGAAUGGGAUGGAUCAAACUGAAGCAGGCAGAGGCGGGUCAUUAAAGUCCAACAGGGGCGGGAGCAUGAAAGACCAGGACCGUGAGAAUGGGCACUGCCAGACGCAGGCAGCUCAGUCCCCUCUACCCAACGAGCCGAAACAUGCACUGACAGACCACGACGACGACUUUGAAGAUAGCAGCUCGUCAGACGAAAAGCCUAAAAAAAGUUCCAGUUCAUCCAGACAUCACCACGACAACAGGAAAGACAGGAAGUCCAGCCGGAAGAGCAGCUCUGCCUCUAAAUUCUCCAGCAGGAAGUCGCGUGCCAGUUCCAAGUCUAUGGAGCUGUUCUCAUCUCGUCGCAAACGCCGGAGCACCGUCAACCGGAAGAAAGUCUCUGCUGCUCGGGAGAAACGCUUCACCUUCGUCCUCGCCGUCGUCAUGGGUGUGUUCGUGGUGUGCUGGUUCCCCUUCUUCUUCUCCUACAGCCUGUAUGGGAUCUGCCGGGACCCGUGCCAGAUCCCUGAGACGCUGUUUAAAUUCUUUUUUUGGAUUGGCUACUGUAACAGCUCCCUAAACCCCGUCAUCUACACCAUCUUUAACCAGGACUUCCGCAGAGCCUUCCAGAAGAUCCUCUGUAAGUCAUGGAAACGCUCGUUCUGAGUUGGGGGUCCUGCAUGGCUGAGUAUUUAAUAGGCAUUUUACACUGCAGACAUAAAUUUGAACUGUUCUGAGCUGUAGGAUAAAGUGCUGGCCUGGGGUGUUUUCACACCUUUACUUUCAGGGAUUGCACUUGAAAUGAAGGAAUGCUUACUGGAUCAAAGGAUUGACCGAAGGUACAGGAAGAAGGGUUUAAAGUACAAGUAAGCACUCUGAUAAUAAUCACAGGAAACGCCAUCCAGGCUACUUUUGGACUCUGAUGUGGGCUUCGGCUCAUUCCCCCUCCGAAUUGACUUCUUCUCCCGUCAUUUAAAUACAAUAAACUCAUAACAGUUACUGUGAUGCAUGCACACCACAGUGGCUGCACCUGCACAGGAGGCGAAGGGUUUACAGAGACACUUAAUUUAUAAUGUGACCUCAUUCACUGAAUAUAAUGCGAAGGCCUUGACAAUCUCCACACAACCGUUGUUUGUGACGUUAUAUAGUGGUAUCUUCUUUCUCUCUCUGUCUCUUUACCUUUCUAUUACGUCACACUCUCAACACGAGGACCAAUGGGACGAAGGGGCUCUUUGCUUACUGUUUCAGUAGCAAAACUGUUUAAAAAAAAAACAAAAAAAAAAAACAAGAAAAAAAAAAAAAGACUCAUUCUCCAAAACUACAAAGUUAUAUUUCUGCCUCAGUGUUCUGUGUCUAAACUGGAAGCUGCAGUGGAAACUUUCCUUCAGGACGGGCGUUUUUUUUUUGUAAAACUUGGACUUGGUCUGGAUACGGUGGCAUGUACAGUAGAGUGGCGUCUCGGGCAAUUUCCUCUCCCAGGCAUGUGCUUGCACCUUCCUCUCCCCUCUGAGAAAAUAGAUGGAAUAGAGGAGCACUGCGGAGACAGAUUGGCACCCACUGAGGCUUUAACUGUGUGUGUGUGUGUGUGUGUGUGUGUGUGCGCAUGUGUGCUUGUCUGUGUGUGUGAAAGAGAACGGGAGGACAAAGUGAAUAACAUGAGGAACUGUGUUGUGAUAAAGCGAGGCAGAGAGUUUACCGCAUUUUAUCCCAACUGCCAGUCAGUGAUUGUGUGUGUGUGACUGUGUGUACAAGCCUGAUUCUCUCUGGUCAAGUGUCUUUCUCUUCUUCUCCAUCCUAUUCUCCGUCACAUAUCUUUUCUCUCCCUUGCAGCCACAGACAGCACUUGGCCACAGUGAAAACCAAACACCUUACUGCUGUUUUAAUGUCUGCUGCUCGCACACACAUAACAACAUACACGUUAGUAUUCAAUCCAUAAAGACAUAAAAUUGACUUAUACAGUCAAUUAUCAUCUUCACAUUUCACGCAGUUAUAGCCAGAAGGGGUAAUGCUUUUUUUUUCCUUGUGUAAAUAACUGAAGACAGUACAGUAUUAUUGUGUGGUACCUCAUAAUCACACAUGUAUGAGUAAAAUUGUAUUGUUUGUAUAAUGAACAAGGCUCUGAAAGAUUUUCAUGUUACACCAACCUCUGUCCUUUUCUAAAAGAACAAGUGUUUACUUCUCUGCUUUGAGCACAUUGGAAAAGAUCAAAUAAAGAGUUUACUGCUGUGCCACUGCUGUUUGUUUAUUACGCUGACGCUGUCACUAGUGUGACUCAAAACAUAUGACUAAUGAUCUUUUUUUAAACGCAGUUAUUUUAAGUUAGCCUCCUUGGUACGCUGUUCAUGCUGUCUGAUGAAGAAUGAGCCAUUCAAACUGUGAUAAAAGUGGAAAUUAUAUAUAUAUAUAUAUAUAUAUAUAUAUAUAUAUUUAUAAAUGAUAUCAAACAUCCAUGCAUAGGUUUGGGAAAAUUUUCAGCACAGGAAAAAAAUAAAAUAUGGUUAAAUGCUGCCCCAUGUGCAAAAGGUAGAUAGCUGCAUGGGAAAUGCUUCAGUCGGCAAACAACAUCUUUAUACUAGUGCCAAAGCACAUGAGACAAUUACACUAGUGAUUCCCAAACAGCUACUUGCAGUUGCUGGGUGGUAUUGUACAUGGAAAGACUGUCGAUUAACUACUCUAAUAAGAAACAAUAGAAAUUAUGAUUUUGUGAAUAUUUUUAGCAUAUUUAUCACAAGGACCUGGAAUCAGUUGAGACCUGCAAACUUUACAGAACCCACCGAUAAAAAGACCAAGCUGAACAUCAAUAAGUCCGGGGUUUCUUUCCCUUGUAUGAAAAAAAAAACAUUUAACAGUAUCUGCUUUCAUGUAAUGUGUUAUACAGUUUUAAGUCCAUUCAAGUAAGAGACUUGAACUGGUUGUUGUCAGGUUGCUAUCACCACCUUUCAACCUUUAUUAAUCAAUAAAAAUCACUUACUUUACAUCGA